CGCCUGACUUAAUUCGUAUUGGGUUGUACAGACUGUGAUUUGUAACCAUUGUAUUUGAAUUUUUAUUCUGAAAUGUGAUGGAUAUACGGUGGCUAUUCAGGAGUAUUUCGUUACAUGUGUCAGUCCUGUUGUUGAUUCUUGAACAGGCAAGUUCAUUUUAUUCGUCGGAUAAUACGAACGUGAACCUGAGCGAUGCCUACUUACAGUUGAUCGACAGCCUCCAGAGGACCGGAAUACUGGCGGCUGAGGAGGUAUCGCCGUGCGUGGAAAUACAAGAUAUCCUGUUACAAAGACGGGGAAGUGACGGUCACAGAGCGCCCGAGAUGACCGUGAGGAUCCACCUUCGUCACUUUCCAUCCGAUCUUGGAGACGUCACAUCCGGAGAAGCCAAGCGCCGCGUGUACGAUUCCAACAAUGGGAGCAUCUAUGUUGGAAAGUGUGACCACGUGCUUGUCCAGGCGCCACCAUCAAUCACAGCCGGUCGUCUUACACAACUUCCGCAUCGGGUGUCGCGGACCGACAUUUCCGGUCUGCCUCUUGUUAGUCUGGAUAUGAAGAUGUCGGCGACGGCGGCAUCGGACGACAGCCGGAAUCUUACCGACGACAGCGGCACAGCGGCGAUAGGAGCUACGGGAGACCACUCGGAGUCCGACAGCGCAAAACCAGGUUUAAGUAAGACUCAAGUGGUCGUCAUAGUUACGUGUUCAGCUGUUAUUGGCACAUUCUUCACUAUAGCAGGCGCGCUACGUAUCCACAGCUGCGUGCGACGGUACCAGGCGAACAGGGAGGCGGCGCUGACCUUGGCCCGGCGCUCCAGCACACACGGCUUCUCCGGGGCGCUCAAUCCCCGCCGGGACAGCGCCGCCAGCAAGCUGAGCAGGCAGAGUCAGCCUCUGCUGAAGGGGGGAAGUCCGUCAUCCUUGCCCAGCCCCAGCCUGAGAGACCCUUCGGGUGAGCUCGCGCCGUUCCUCUGCAUGCCUCCACCGCACGUUUCCUGCCAGCAUGCUCGUUGGUUAGCCUCCAAGGAGAACGCUAGCUCGCACGGCUCCAUAGCGUUUAUAGAUGAGGAGUGUCCGUCUAAGGGCGAUAUUCAUGUGCGACCCAAUCACCGACCGAAGGAUGACUCUUUACUGCACGACACCCCCAUGUCCGGAACCGAAAGUACCGUCGAUGUCGCUCUGGAAAAUGCUUACCCAUUCCCGGAAGAGCUUGUAGCGGAGCGAGAGAAGUCUCGAACUGUUUCCAGCGCCGGGUCUUCACGUAAAGAAUCCGUCGUGUCAUUAUCUCGGACGGCGGCGUCCCGUAGUGCGUCGCUCGCAUCUCCACAAAGAGUAGAGGUAUUCGAGCCAGGUGGUGAGAGCGACUUUGAGCGCGACAUGCCGUCAGAUUAUUCAAACGCUAGCUCUGCACGUGAUAAUGACGUUAAUGACGUCAGCGGCCGCGAUGAGAAGCCCGGGGUGAUCGAGCCAAUGUUUUCGUUAAUCGGCGACAAUUGCGUGGUGGACGUAUCGAAUACACAACAACGCCAUUGUGAUUCCUCGGUUCUCACCGGCCUCCCACCCCUUCUCCCUGCAAAGUGUCUUGCGGCCACCACCGGGCUCAGUCAAUCCAACGACAGCCUUUCAGACACACCGUCGUAUAAUUACGCAAAUCAAACAUCCUAUAACAUUUACGGUAUUUACCGGAACUACGUCUAUGACGUCACUGACUCUUCGUGUGUCUGUGGAAGUACAAGCCGUCGCCCCGGACCGCCAUACCGAAAUCCAUCCCAGAUUCAGAGCUCGAUAAGCAAGGCUGCCGCACAUUCGUUCGAAUAUUUCGAACCAAACCAUCCCGCAGAGAAAGCCCUACUGUCUCGCAUGCAAUCUAUAGACAGCUACUUCAGACCGACGGGCCGCAUAGACGCUCCAACUCUCGGACAGGACUCUGUAGUCCCGCGAGACGCUGGUAACUGUUUGCAAGACGCGGCGCCUCAAAUCAUUGGGUCGCCUUUCCAAAUGGAUUUAUGAAGAAAACCGCAGGUCAAAGAUACUAUCAAUUACUCAAUAAAAACAGCGAAUUCUAUAGGAAAUUCUCUGUAACCAUGGGGAGAAUGUAUUAAUUUAGCUAUACCUUCAAGACUACUGAAGUCGCUUCCCGAUUUGGAUAUCAUUAUUUAUUGAUAAAUGAAUGCAUUCGUCUGUUUCGAGUGCAUGGAAAGAUUGGAUCGUUUUUGCCCUUGGGAUGUUCCACUUAAUCGAACUUGGGACUGCGGAACCAAUACUAUAAAAUUACGCGUGGUAAAUAUAAAUACAUUGAAGAAAACGCCAUUUCUGCAUUUGUUUAUAUCUGGUUCAUUAUAUACUCGUCGUCAUUUUGUAAAACAAACGUAGUUUAGAGACUUUUUCUGUUAAUAAAUUUUGAAUUUGA